AUGAAUGGAGAUGCCUUCGCAUGGUUUUCUGAUUUGUUAGCUGAUCACUCGGAAAUCUUCUGGUCAUUGUACUCAGUCGACCUCGACUCGGCCAUGGAAGUUCAACCGCCGGAUUCGUGGGAUUCUUUUCCACUCUUCCAAACGCUCAACGAUUUCUUGCUCAGUGAAAAAUCGCUGAAUGGAGGGAUUUUCCAUAAAAAGAUCACCAGUCAAUUUCAACCGUUGGUGGUUCGUUAUACGGACCUGAUGGAACACUCCAUAUCACAAUCAAUCGAUAAGGGAUUCUCUAAGGAAAAAUGGGAGCCUAGGAAAGAGGGUUGUGCCACUUCUGAGGACAUCUAUUGGAAGUUGGACGCUCUCCACACUUUCAUCGUGGAUUUGAACUGGCCUGAAGAGGAAUUCCGUAAAUAUUUGACUGUGAGAAUGAAGAGCUUGACGUCGGACAUGAUCUCAAAAGUGGCAAGCAGCACGUACCAACAAUUCGAUUCGUGGAUGCAGCGCGCUCGAAAGUCCACCGAUUACAUCUUACCAUCUGAAGUAUGCGUCAUGAUUAACGUCAUAUUCAGCUCUAAAACCAGAGCAACAAGGAUGUCUGUGGAUGCUGGAGAGUUCAAAUAUCAAUCGAAAUUGGAUGAGACAUUAGACACAAUGCUCUCGGACAUGGAGACGUGUAUCCAAGACCGACUGAUUGGGGUACUGGAGUUCGUUCUGGGCAAACUUGCUCGAUACGACGAAGGCAACCCUAUCGGAGCUCUUCUUAGUAUGGCGCCUAAGCCGACAUCAAUAUUCAACAAAAUGAAGACGAUGGUCGGUGAACAAGGGAUCAACAUCAGCGGCACUGCUGCAGCCACGCCAACUACACCCCAGAAUACGAAAACGCCAGUCACGCAACAACAAUCGACUGGUCACAUGGGCAACUCAUACGUGACGUUUAUGCGAGGCUGUACGGAACAACUGCGGCAGAUUGUCACGGAUGAAGUCUGGGUGAACACGUUGUUCGAGAACUGGUACGCCAACCAAGUAAAAAUGAUCAACGAAUGGUUGACGGAGCGACUGCAGCAGUCACUCAGCCCAUAUCAGUUCACAUGCCUGAGUUUUAUUGUGAAGAAAGUAUACAGCGACUUCGAGCUGCAAGGUAUCGAUGAGGAGAAAUUGAAUGGAAAACUCUAUCAAUCAAUCAAUCGAAGGCUGCAAUUGGAGGAAGCGAACGUGGCGUUGCAUGAACACAGUAAUAUUUUGCAACUCCUUUAG